CUUGCACACGAGAGAUUGCGGGAAGACGGAGCGUAGAGGGGUGUUCAUUCACGGCUUCUCGAAAUUUCAUCUCCCUUUCGAAGGACAUACUCCCUGAUAAUACGGCGUUGUUUGUGCUACAGUCGUCUGGAACAGUGCAGAAGUGACCUGAAAGGGGUUUUCUUCAGCGUGUUUUUUAAUCGGCGGUCUUAUCUGUGAGCGGCAGGCACCCGUACGCACGCUGAUGGCGGUCACUAUCGAGGAUCUCUAUCGUAACUACGGGAUCCUUGCUGAUGCUAGUAAGGAAAACCUCAGCCAGCACAAAGAUGCCUACCAAGUAAUCCUGGAUGGCGUGAAGGGUGGUCCGAAGGAGAAGCGUCUGGCAGCACAGUUUAUUCCCAAGUUCUUCAGCAGCUUUCCAGAGCUUGCCGAUGCAGCCAUCAAUGCACAGCUUGAUCUUUGUGAAGAUGAGGAUGUGUCGAUUCGGCGACAGGCCAUCAAGGAGCUCCCACGUUUUGCAACUGGCGAGAACAUACUCAGAGUUGCAGAUAUUCUCACCCAGCUCCUUCAAACGGAUGAUACGGCAGAGUUCAAUCAAGUGAAUGCAGCACUUAUUUCUAUCUUCAAGAUAGAUGCGAAGGGUACUCUCGGAGGCCUCUUCUCUCAGAUCCUGCAGGGAGAGGAUAUAGUGCGAGAAAGGGCCAUCAAGUUUCUGUCGGCCAAACUGAAGACCCUGCCAGAGGACGUCAUGACAAAGGAUGUGGAGGACUACGUCUUUGCAGAGACAAAGAAGGUGCUGGAGGAUGUAACCGGAGAGGAGUUUGUGCUGUUGAUGCGUUUAGUGUCGGGCCUACGGGUCCUGCAGACAGUGAACGGCCGGCAGCAGCUGGUGGAGCUGGUGGUGGAGCAGGCUUUCCUGGAGCAGGCCCUCAACCCAGCUGACCCUGACACUGUUGACCGCCUGCUGCAGUGCACGCGCCAGGCCUUGCCCCUAUUCUCUAAAAAUGUCCAUUCCACACGUUUUGUUACCUACUUCUGUGAACACGUCCUCCCCAACCUCAGCGUCCUGACAAGUCCUGUGGCUGAGCUGGACAUUCAGUUGGAGGUGCUGAAGCUGUUGGCUGAGAUGAGUCCGUUCUGUGGAGACAUGGAGAAACUGGAGGCCAACCUCAACAUGCUGUUUACCAAGCUGCUGGAGUUCAUGCCUCUGCCGCCAGAUGAGGUGGAGAACGGAGAGAACUCAACAAACGAGGAGCCUAAACUGCAGUUCAGCUACGUGGAGUGUCUUCUCUUCAGCUUCCACCAGCUGGGCAAGAAGCUGCCAGAUUUCCUCCUCGACAAAGUGGAUGCUGAGCGCCUCAAAGACUUUAAGAUCAGGUUACAGUAUUUUGCCAGAGGGCUGCAGGUUUACAUCAGACAGCUGCGAGUAGCACUGCAAGGCAAGACCGGAGAUGCUCUGAAGACCGAAGAGAACAAGAUCAAAGUGGUGGCCCUCAAGAUCACGAACAACAUCAACAUCCUCAUCAAGGAUCUCUUCCACAACCCUCCAUCAUUCAAGAGCACAGUCACUCUGUCCUGGAAACCCGUCCAGAAGACAGAGGCAGUAGCACCCAAGCGUCCGUCAGGUGAGGAGAUGGGCUCCGGUGGCAGCACAAAAAAACAGAUCUCUCCCCAAUCCCGGAGGGACGCACGGCAAAUCUAUAAUCCCCCCAGCGGAAAGUACAGCGCCACAAUUGGCAAUUUUAACUAUGAGCAGCGUGGUGGGUUCAGGGGAGGCCGAGGACGAGGCUUCGGAGCCAGAGGCAACAGGAGCCGAGGUCGAAUCUACUGAGACACUCACAGUACAUACAGUAUUGCUCAUUGAACUGCAUCACAUCGAGAUCUUUUCCGCACCAAGAUGGACUAUUUGUCACCUACUCUUUUUUUUUUUUUUUUUAAACUGGUCUCUGCAACUUUUUCACU